UGCAAUGAAGAUGAAAUUGAACAUCGACAGCAUGCAGUUACUGCUUUUUGUCUUCUUGAUGUGGGACCCAAUCAGGUUGGUGCUGGCUAACAUCCAAGAAGAUGGGCCAGAAAACAACAUCACCAUUUUUACAAGAAUUCUAGACAGACUCCUGGAUGGUUAUGAUAAUCGGCUUAGACCAGGACUCGGAGACAGUAUUACUGAAGUCUUCACUAAUAUCUACGUGACCAGUUUUGGCCCUGUCUCAGAUACAGAUAUGGAGUAUACAAUAGAUGUGUUCUUCCGACAAAAGUGGAAAGAUGAAAGGUUAAAAUUUAAAGGUCCUAUGAAUAUCCUUCGACUUAACAAUUUAAUGGCUAGCAAAAUCUGGACUCCAGACACCUUCUUUCACAAUGGGAAAAAAUCGGUAGCUCAUAACAUGACAAUGCCCAAUAAGCUUCUUAGAAUCCAGGACGAUGGGACACUGCUGUACACGAUGAGGCUUACAGUUCAAGCUGAAUGUCCAAUGCAUUUGGAGGAUUUUCCAAUGGAUGCUCAUUCAUGCCCUCUGAAAUUUGGCAGCUAUGCAUAUACAACCUCAGAGGUCACUUAUAUUUGGACUUACAAUGCAUCUGAUUCAGUACAAGUUGCUCCUGAUGGCUCCAGGUUAAAUCAGUAUGACCUGUUGGGCCAAUCAAUUGGGAAGGAGACAAUUAAGUCCAGUACAGGUGAAUAUACCGUAAUGACAGCUCAUUUCCACUUGAAAAGAAAAAUUGGGUAUUUUGUGAUUCAGACAUAUCUGCCUUGCAUCAUGACUGUCAUUCUCUCCCAAGUGUCAUUCUGGCUUAACAGAGAAUCUGUGCCUGCAAGGACAGUAUUUGGUGUAACAACUGUCCUAACAAUGACAACUUUAAGCAUCAGUGCUCGGAAUUCUCUCCCCAAAGUGGCUUAUGCUACUGCCAUGGACUGGUUUAUUGCUGUUUGUUAUGCAUUUGUGUUCUCUGCCCUAAUUGAAUUUGCAACUGUUAAUUACUUCACCAAAAGAGGAUGGGCUUGGGAUGGGAAGAGUGUAGUAAAUGACAAGUCCCCUUCAAUAAAAACUGAAGGCAUUACAUUAACAUACAACUCAGUGAAGGCAAUUCUUCAAGGAUCUAAGCUAAUAUGGUCUAAAUAUAUAGCUUUCUCAUGGCCCAAUUUAAUCCAAGGAAAGACUUUAGAGUACUUAGAGAAGUGGAUGGACUGUGUAACCUUCAAAGGAUUUUCUAAAAAAGAGAAAGCCUCUGUCAUGAUCCAGAACAACGCCUAUGCAGUGGCUGUUGCCAAUUAUGCCCCGAAUCUUUCAAAAGACCCAGUUCUCUCCACCAUCUCCAAGAGCGCAGCCACGCCAGAACCCAACAAGAAGCCGGAGAACAAGCCAGCCGAAGCCAAGAAAACCUUCAACAGUGUUAGCAAAAUUGACAGAAUGUCUAGAAUAGUCUUCCCAGUUUUGUUUGGUACCUUUAAUCUGGUUUACUGGGCUACGUAUUUAAACAGGGAACCUGUUUUAGGGGUCAGUCCUUGAGUGUAGGCACAGGUUAACUUUGGGAUGCGUAGCACCAUGAAGCUCGGUUUGUUUUGCUCUGUACAGUCUGACUAGUAACUGCUAAUUGGUGAACCAACAUGUACAGUAUGUAUAUAGCGAUAUAGCCUAACCGUACACCUUUCAAGGAGACAUGAAUUUGCUACUGCGUGGAACUGUAGGCAGAAAGUACCUCGUGCCCAAAUCAUGACUUACCCUAGGAACUGGCUUAAGAUGGAUUUCAGACGACCUGAUUUAUUUCCUCUUGUAACAGCGAUGAAACUGGAGACCCCCUACCACACUUUAUGAACUUUUUUUUGACUUGGGUCUUAUAUAGAAGUGUUUUUCUACUGUUGCUUAACUGUAAUGUAAGAUAACAUUGUAAUUCCAGGAUCAAUUCUUCUAAAUAACAGAACCUCAUAUCAGCAACUUCAGUCCCUUCUUGGGUGGUCAGAAUCCCUCCUAGCAUAAUUGGAAGCUUAGCACACAUUAGAAGGAACACUAGAGAUUUGACAUCAGCUUUUAAUUCCUCUCUAUAGUAUCUAUAGCCAUGUACAUAUUAUAGCAUGACAAGCCCAAAUAAUUAUGAGUAACACCGAUCUGGAUGCCUAGAAUUUAGUGACUACCAGAAUGCCAUGGUCAUUACAUUUUUAGCAUCAGAGUUUAUUUGAAAGUCAUAAUGGAAAUCCUUAUGGUCAUUUUAAUCAUUGGAAACUCUCUUAAAUUGUUUGGAAAAGUAAAAUGAAAAUGUGUCUUACUCUUUCCAGGUAUGUGUUGUUUUGAAAUUGAUCAGCUCAAUUUUCUCGGUGCUGGAGACUGGAAAAAGCAGCCCGUUUGGCUGCUGUGGAGCAGCUUUCAUAUUAGAGUAGAAAAUUGUGCCAGAAACUCCCACCACUGAGAACUCACAGGUGUCACAGAAUAUAGAUAUGUAGGUGAACACUUACAUGAUUCUCUUCUUUCCUGUUUACUGCAAAUUCUGCCUUAAGGCUUCUUUUCAUCAGGACUCAGAAGCCACCAAUUACAAUGGAAAGGGCAGUGAGUUGGCACAUUUCUUCUGUCUUGAAAGCAGCACUCUCAGAUAAGAAUUCAACGUAAAUCUGCUUUUGUAAAUUGCAACUUUAAAUUUCACUGACUCAAAUUUACAACAGCUUUGUAUACCGGGAGAGGUUUUGGUAAGAGUUGAACAUUUUUAAACUGCAACUUCAAAGCAUCACCAAGAUCGCAAAUCAGUUCAUACGCACACACAUAACACACACACACACACACACACACACACAAUUAGCUACCUUAGAACACAUACACAAACAAGUGGCUAAAUUAAAAACUAAAUUUUUCUACUUUAUAUAAUUAUUUAUGGAUGAAUUUUAUUUUUCUUCUAAUAUUCAAAAAAAAUGCUCUUUAUGCCCCUCAAACAUGUUAAUAGAAGGUAACAAUUGUGUCUUAUGCCUGGAUUCAAUGUUUUUGGCAAACUUAAAAUCCUUUUGAUUCACAUACACAUUAGCAGUUAUUAGUUGACUUUUACUAGUAGAUAUGAUGGUGUUUUUGUAGCAACAUCAGUAGUCAAAUAGUGGCAUUUCUUGCAAUUUUGUACAGUAUUUCAGAAUAGUGCAUAAAUAGAUACAUUCAUAAAAUCAGUAAAAUGAUUAUCUUAUUGAAGUAAGCAGAGGCACAAAAACUGCUAUCCCUUUGCCUAGUCUAAAAUGUUUUAUGUUUUCUUCAUUUUAGUGUGGUUUUUAUUAUGUGCUUUGCAUGGUUAUCUUAUUACCAAGGUCACAAAUGCAUCUGUUUAACAGAAUUCACCCUGAAGACAGCCUUGACAGUAAACAUUCCCUCACGAAAUGUAAUCUAUCAUCUAUAAUAAAAAAAGAGUAAUAUGCUAAUUAGACUGGACGUCCUUCCAGAAGACCUGGAUGA